UACUGCUUUAGUUCCGAGGUAUCGUCUGCUGCUGCUGCGUUCUUCUUCCCUUCGACCUUCUCUGCUUCGGCGUCCGUGGACAUGGCGACCAGGAACCGGACGCCCAUAUACCGGAAGUACCGCGACGCCCUGCGCAACGUCCGAUCCCCUUCCCCAACUCCGCUCUCCGGCCCGUCGACUUCCUCCUCCUCCUUCUCCGUCGGCGGCGGCGGGGCCGUGAUCGAGCUGGUGAGCGCCUCGCUUCUCCGACCCGAUCGCUCCUACGCGCCACUCAGCACCGAAGACCCUGCCGGAUCCAGUACAGGUGCCACUAUGAUUGGUUUACCUCCAGCAUGGGUGGAUGUUUCUGAAGAAUUAGCUGCAAACAUGCAGCGUGCUCGGACAAAAAUGGUAGAGUUAGCCAAGGCCCAUGCGAAAGCAUUGAUGCCUUCUUUUGGGGAUGGGAAAGAGGAUCAACAUGCCAUUGAACUUCUAAGUCAUGAAAUAACAGAUUUGUUGAAGAAGUCUGAGAAGAGACUACAAAAACUUUCCUCCAGUGAUCCUUCUGAAGAUUCAACUGUCCGGAAAAAUGUUCAGCGGUCUCUUGCAACUGACCUCCAAAACCUCUCGAUGGAGUUCAGAAAGAAACAGUCUUCUUAUUUAAAACAUCUCCAACAUCAGCAGGAGGGACACGAUGGUUUUGAUUUGGAGAUGAAUCGUAAUGGAAUUGGACACAAGUUAGAAGAAGAUGCCUUUACUGAUGUGGGUUUUAGUGAUGUUCAAAUUUCCACACUGAAGAAAAAUGAAGCAUUGACAAGAGAGAGGGAAAGGGAGAUUGUCCAGGUUGUAGAAUCAGUGAAUGAACUUGUUCAGAUCAUGAAAGAUCUCUCAGUCCUUGUCAUAGAUCAAGGAACCAUAGUUGACCGGAUUGAUUACAAUGUACAGAAUGUUGCAAGUUCAGUGGAAGAGGGCUUUAAACAGUUAGAGAAGGCAGAGAGAACGCAGAAAAAAGGUGGAAUGGUCAUGUGUGCCACUGUGCUAAUUUUAUUAUGCCUCAUCAUGCUUGUCCUCUUGAUCCUGAAAACCAUACUCUUCUGAUCCACUUCAACCCAGACGGUUCAUUCGGCAUUUCUUGUGAACAUUCAGCACCAGUCUUCUGUUAUCAAAGUGUUGGUCUGUCUAACGAAUAAUCGACGAAGUGAAUUGCUGAGACAGGUUCUUUUUUCUUCAUUCCGGGUGCAGCAUUGGCCCAAAUAUUAGAUCACAGUUAUCCUAGGAGUAUCUCCUCGGAUAGCAAAUGGCGAGAUUCGUCAGGUUGGUGCUGCUUAGCGAGUUGCUCGAAUUUUUGAGGUGUUGUAAAAGAAAGCUCUGUAAAGACUCAUUCAAACAACGUUUCCAAUUCAUAAUAUUUUACUCUUGACACGUUCA